AUGUAUAAACUCGUCGCCUGCCUAUUCGCCGCGGCGAUUGCGACAACUGCACCCGCAGCCACCGAAACCAUCACGGAGCAUCCCUACGUCACGACCGCCGCCGAGGACGAGCGCGUCCGCAGCUACUGGACCCCCGAGCGCGUCGCCGCCAUCCCCGGCAACCCGGUGCUGCACGCCGAACCGCCGCCGAUCCCCGCCGACGAGCAGCCGUACGGCGCCGAGUUUGCCAGCCAAAACACCAUCGUGCCCACCGUCGGCCGCAUCCUGAGCACCGGCCGGCUAUCCAACGGCACCGCGCUCGACGGCAGCUGCACGGGCACGCUGCUGAGUACCAGGAGCCCUGACGGCGCGGCCGUCGUCGUGACGGCCGGCCACUGCAUCUUCGGCGCGCCGACCGGCCACGGAGGCGCCUGGAUGAGCAACGUGCUCUUCGUGCCCGCCUUCCGCGACGGCGCCGGCGUCGCCAACUUCACCGUACACAGCGCCUACGCCUCGAGCCUGUGGGUGGCCGACCCCGGCUUCGACACGGAGAUCUACGACCGGGCGUUCCUCCUGCUGAACCCUGGCCCGGCGUCGUCGUCGAGCCACGCCGAGAGCGUCGGGCAGAGUAUCAGGUUCCGCGACGCCGCGCCGGAGAAGCCGUACAAGCCUCGCUGGCUGUUCGGCUACCCGCGUGACAACACGGACGGCGCCAGGGACGCCCUCCGCUACGGUACGCCCGCGUUUACCGGUCGCCGGCUGGCGGCGUGCAGCGGGACGCCCACGUUCUGGGGCCCGGACCCCAGCAUGCUCCAGGUUGCGUGCUACAUGGGCGGCGGCGCCAGCGGCGGCCCGAUCAUGGAGGACUACGACCCAAGCACUGGCAACGGCGCGAUUGUGGCCGUCAACACCUUUGGCGGGUUCGGGUCGGAUGCCUUCAAGAACAGGAACAUGACGACGUUGGUCGGUACGCCGGUGACGGACAGCUUCUCCAAGGAAAUGUUUGAGCUUGCGCAGAGCAAGAUUCCUGUACUCGAGUAG